GGUUCAGUCUAUUGCUCUCAUGGUGGGCGGGAGCUGCACCGUCUGGGGCAAAGACCACUCACUCACUUCCCUCACUGUCUUAACUAACUGCUGAACUACCUAGUGGACGGACUGCGGAGGCAUGGAGGUGCCCAAAAAGCUGCUGAACUCCGUGGAGAGGUGUGUAGACGAGGCUUUGGAGGGGAUUGUCUGCAGCAAUGGAGGUCUGGUGCUUCUGAAGGGUCACAGGGUGGUUCUCAGGUCUGACCUCGAGCUCCUAAAGGGGAAGGUGGCACUUCUGUCAGGUGGUGGUUCUGGACAUGAACCCGCACAUGCAGGCUACGUUGGCAGAGGGAUGCUCUCAGGAGCUGUUGCAGGGUCAGUGUUUGCCUCUCCACCUCCAGGCAGCAUUCUGGCAGCCAUCAUGACCCUUUGGCAGAGUGGUGUUUCAGGUGUUCUGCUGCUGGUGAAGAACUACACAGGAGACCGUCUGAAUUUCGGGCUAGCUGCUGAACAGGCACGAGCACAGGGAGUCUCUGUGGACAUGGUGAUUGUGGCAGAUGACUGUGCCUUCACCCAACCCAGUAAAGCUGGUAGAAGAGGACUGUGUGGCACAGUGUUCAUUCAUAAGUUGGCUGGAGCACUGGCUGAAGAAGGCUGUGCACUAGAUGUAAUCGUUGCCCAGUUGACAAAGGCAAAAAAGAGCGUUGGCACCCUUGGCGUCAGUCUGUCACCAUGCAGUGUACCAGGAUGCCUACCCUCCUUUCAGCUUCCACCUGGAGACAUGGAGCUAGGACUAGGGAUACAUGGAGAGCCAGGGAUUAAAAGGUCCAAGAUGGCAUCUGCUGAUGAAGUUGUGAAAACCAUGAUUGAUCACAUGACUGACCCAUCCAGCCAAUCACAUCUGCCUCUAAAAUCAGGUGACACUGUGAUUCUCUGUGUGAAUAAUCUUGGUGCUCUGUCCAGUUUGGAGAUGGCUGUUGUCAGCAGAGCUGCCAUUAACUGCUUAUCGGGGCGUGGAGUGGUGGUUGCCAGGGUAAUGUCAGGCUCAUUCAUGUCAUCACUGGAAAUGGCGGGUGUGUCUCUGACUCUGAUGAGGGUGGAUGAGGAGAUACUCCGACUGUUUGAUGCUAAAACCACAGCCCCAGCGUGGCCAAACCUCAGCAGUGUGAUUCUGAGUGGGAGGACAAUGUACGUGGAACCCGCAGAGAGACCAGCUGCUUCUGAGACAAAGCCUAACCAAGGUCCUUUAAGUUUGGUGAUACGUCCAGUUUUGGAGUCUGUGUGUAAAGUUCUCCUGCAGCGACAAGAGGAGCUCAAUGCACUGGAUCGUGCAGCAGGUGAUGGAGAUUGUGGGAGCACACAUGCCCUUGCUGCUAAUGCUAUUCAGGAUUGGAUGCAGACAAGCACAGUGCCCGGAAAUCCAUGCCUUCUGCUAACAGCUCUUGCUCGAUUGGUGGAGGAAAAAAUGGGCGGCUCUUCAGGAGCGCUGUAUAGUCUGUUCCUGACAGCGGCUGCUCCCAAGCUGAGAGAAAGCUGGAGUGGGGCUGACUGGGCCAAAGCAUUGCAAGCUGGUACUGAAGCCAUGAAAAGAUAUGGUGGUGCUGAGCCUGGUGACAGGACUAUGCUGGAUGCAUUGUGCCCUGCUGUAGAGGAGCUGAUGAAGUUGUUGACUGCACCUGGUGACCAUAUGGCUGUACUACAGGCUGCAGUGGAGAAAGCAGAAUUGGGUGCAGAAUCUACCCGUGAUCUUACAGCCAAGGCAGGCCGGGCAAGCUACAUUGCAUCUGAGCGCCUGACCAAGCCGGACCCUGGUGCUGUGGCUGUGGCUGCCAUUUUCAGAGCAGUGUUUGAGGCUCUGGGAGGGAAAAGCCACUGAUCUUUGAUGGUACAACGGAAGCCUGAAGAGAGAAAAAACUCUAUAUUGUUUUGGAAAAACCACACAUAUACAAUAACUGAUAUAACAGUAAUGGUAUAUUAUACUAUUAUCGAAAUUCAUAAACACAAAUCAUUUAUUAAUCAGUGAUAAGUUUGAGAUGUAUGAAAAAUGACGAAUAGUAACCAUUCUUUCAUAGGUAAAGGAAUGUAUAAUUUAUUCCUUUUAAAUCAGCUGCAUAAUGUUGACUGUUAAACACAUGGGCUUUAUAGUUCCAUUCCCUUCCAUUCUCUAUACAAGCCCAAAUUAUCUACCAUGUUUUCAAAUUUGCAACCACUGGAAGAGACUGAUUCAGCUACUCAUGUAGUAGAGGCUGUAAACCUGCUCCUUUUCCCAAAAGAAGCAUCUCUGACUGUGUUCAUUGAGUAUACAAUUCUUGUAUCUUAUAACAAACCAUUUACAUUUCAAUUUAAUGACAGUACCAGAGCUUAACUCUGUUUGCUUUGUUUACUUCUUAGAUUAACUGAAGCUACUACAGUCUAGUUGAUCCCAGAGCUUCUGCUAAAGAGUAAGCGCACACUUCUUAUAGAAUAAAUAAGAAUGUUUUAAACUGAAUUUGGUCCUGGUCCAGAUUAGAAAAAAACUGGCGAGAGUGUUGUCUAACUAAACUAAUGUUAGCUAACUGGCUAACAACUAAUUUGAUCACAUUUACCAUUUUACACUAACACCAGUUUAGUUUUUUUUCAUUGUCUAUUAAUCCAACCACAACACAAAAUGACCAAUAAUAGCAGGAUUAUUUAGCUAGUUGCCUACAACUUAGCUACUCCAUAUAAUGAACAGUAAGGAUGGGUCUAUGGUCUGUUCAAUCCAAGGCUGUCAGUUACUUCUUUAUAAGUGUUACCCCACCUUUUUAUAAUAUAGCAAAAUCUUGUUUUAAAAACUACUUUCUAUAGUAAAAAUAAAAAGUGCCAAUAUUAUCACAGGGAAACCUAACUGUUGGAAUUUAACACUGGAGAUAAGAAAGAAAUGUAUUUUAAGCAAAACAUUUGGGGAUGAGUUGAGCUACACAUCAUACUACACCUAGUCUGCAGACCAUGGGUGGUUUCCCUUUAAGAGAUAUAGCAUUGUUCAUGUUUUCCUACAGUCAGUUAUUCCAACUACCGGUAUUUGAACUCUGAAUCACUCUUCUUGUGAAAAUGAUACAUGAUGAACAGAAUCAUUAAUUUUGUUAUUCAGAUGAGGUAAGAACUGUGCAGACAGUUUAUUGACUGAAAUAGGACCAUGAAAAAGAGAUUUGCUUGUGACUUAAAUGCACUUUAGGUCAAUUAAAUUCCGUAAUGGAGAACAAAAAAACAUAUAGAAGCUUGAAUGUGAAAGUUGUUUAAAUGAGUAAAUCACUAACAUUAUUGAACCUAAUAAAUUAACUCAGCAAAUUUAA